CAAAGAGGCGCGUGGUGUGUGUUUGUGUGGCUGUGUGUAUGUGCGUGUGGUGAGAGACUUUCCAGGUUCUGGGGAGGGCGACGGACACUCGUCACCUCCAGUUCAUGGACGGUGACCCGAGCGUUUCCGGGUCGCCGGGCGACCUCGGCCUGGGGUCGGCGCGUGCGCCCUGGCCGAGCCGCGAGCCCCGGCCCCGGGAGUGAGGUGGCUGUGCGAGCCGCGCGGCAGCGCCUGCUGCCGCUGUAUUCGUCGAAGCCCAGGUCAUAUGCUAGGGAACCUCGUCGCCGCGUGCAGUCUGAGACCCCGCGUCGGGAGUCCAGGCGCCUGCAGGCGCGGAGCCUUGCGGGUCACAUCCCAAAAGCGCAGGCGCAGCCGCAGAUCGGGGAAUCUGGGCGCCCAGCCGCGCGGGGUCCAGAGCUUGGGCUCUGGAGCGGGCCUCGCAGCCCUGCUUUUUUGUGAGGCUGGCAUGCGGUUUCAUUUUCAGCAGCCCUUCCUUCGAAGUCCAGGCUCUGCCUAUGCUGCCAAGUCAGAAGGGCCUCUGGAUGCCCCCUCCCCAUGUUCCGCUCUGCCAAAUGGGUUUUAUCAGUCGGUUGAAACACUCCUGAAACUGAGGGAGUGGAAAGAAAUAAGCACAUCACUUAAGGAAGGAUGCCUCGCAGUAUGGAACCACUGGCAAAGAAGAUCUUUAAAGGAAUUUUAGUAGCUGAACUUGUGGGUGUUUUUGGAGCAUAUUUUUUGUUUAAUAAGAUGAACACAAGCCAAGAUUUCAGGCAAACAAUGAGUAAGAAAUUUCCUUUCAUCUUAGAAGUUUAUUACAAAUCCGUUGAACAGGCUGGAAUUUAUGGAACCAGGGAACAGGAUCAAGAAAAAUGGCUGGAUAGCAAAAAUUAGGAGAUCUCAGACACAAGAUACAGAGCUCCACAUAUGAACGGUGGCGUCUGUGUGCAAGUCACUUGAAGCAACCUCUUCACAAAAGCUUUCACCCGGCGCAAGACUAUGUCUGCUUUCAGAGAUUUGUAGACAAGGUUAAGGAACAUAGCUUGCUUGGAACACAUCAGCAACCCUGGAUCCAAGAUCUUUCUGUAAAAUAAAAUUACAUCAAAUACUUGCUUACAGAAAUGUCUCCACAACCAUGUUUUAGAGACUUCACAAACAGGUAAUGUAAUCUUUCAGAUAAAUUCCUACUUAUGUUAGAGUAAGAGAUCAUUUCUGUUCUAACAGAUAAAAUGAAAAUUACAGAUCUGAAGAAGCAGAAUGAUGGUGGUACCAGGAGGGGGGAAAAAGAAAAAAGGAAACAUUUGUGUGUUUUUUUCUUUUCCAAAUUUUCUAUAAAUCAAGAGGGUCCAACCUCAACAGUAUGAUUUUUAUGUAACUAUAAGAUCUCACCCGAAAGGCUAAUCUAAAAGCCAAUAAUGAAAAUUUUCCUAUGAAGCGGGGGACUAGACUCCUGGGGUUUUGGCCUUGUACCACUGGCUAUUCGCUGGUGACCAGACGUGGGCUCCACGCGGUUCUAGUGAAGGCCACCUAUGAAUAGUAGAAAAUUACCAGGACUUCAGAGGUUGUUUGACCCAGUGCACUGGCUGUGUAUCUUCUCCUGCAGCUCUGCAUGUCCACAGAUCUAAACCUGGUUCCUCUGUUUUGGAGGUUUGAGACAGGAUCUUACUAUGUGGUUCAGGCUGUCUUUGAAUUUACUGUGGAGCCCCGGCUGGUCUAGAACUCACUAUGGAACCGAGGCAAUCCUCCUGCUUCAACCUCCUGAGUGCUGGGGCUACAUGCAUGUGCCACCAUGCCUGGCUGGUUCCUCUAUUCUUCCAGUCUCAUGAAUGUUCUUUAGUUUCACAAACUUUAUUUCCUUGGCUUUCCCACCUUUUCUCCCAAUGUGAAAUGGAUCAAGAAUUGUGUGUUAUUCAUUACUGUUAGCCCAGUGCCUAAACUUACAGCAAAACUGUCAGUAUUUGUUGACUGAAUAAAUAUACUUUCAUAGAAA